AUGGUGUAUCUUAUCACGACGGCCCACUACACAUCCUUUGAUUUAGUAUUAUGCCACAUUUUGGUAUCCCUAUCCGCAUCCUCCGCAAGUGCUUCUGGAGCCCUGUUAUUUUUUAGCAUGCUAUCAAUGAGAGUCGCAAGUCCGCGAGACAUUCAUUGUGCCUUGAUUUCGGGAGCCAGCGCGCUUAUGAAGUUUGAGGUAGUGCAACAACGUUUUUUUCUCUUUGAAUCGUCGUGCACUGGUUGCUUUACACGCAAAGAAACAUGGGACGAAGCAAGCUACUCACAAAGCCUGAAGCCGCAGCAAGUGGAAGUACGAACCCUCUGCAAGAUUCACCGUGGUGCAAAAUCAUUGAAGGCUGAGAAAUCGUAA